GCGGGCGGUGCGCGCAGCGGGCGGAGCAGCCGCGGGCGCGGAGCCGGGAGCGGCAAUGAGCGAACUGCGGCAGCGGCCCGGGCGGGAGCCCUGCGGGGAGCGGGACCCCGAGGAGAAGGAGUCAGAGUCUGAAAACAAACUGGAUGGAGAGACAGCAUCAGACAGCGAAAGCAAAUCUGAAUUUGGAGGAUUGCCCCCGGUGCCAACAUCAGAUGACACCCCAGAGGUCCUGAACAGAGCCCUCUCCAACCUCUCCUCAAGAUGGAAGAAUUGGUGGGUAAGAGGCAUCCUCACACUGGCAAUGAUCACCUUUUUCUUCAUCAUCAUCUACUUGGGACCGAUGGUCUUAAUGAUGAUAGUGAUGUGUGUACAGAUCAAAUGUUUCCAUGAGAUCAUCACCAUUGGCUAUAAUGUGUACCACUCCUAUGACCUGCCCUGGUUCAGGACACUCAGCUGGUACUUCCUGCUCUGUGUAAACUACUUCUUCUAUGGUGAGACUGUGACAGAUUAUUUCUUCACCCUGGUUCAGAGAGAGGAGCCCCUGCGGAUCCUCAGCAAAUAUCACCGCUUCAUUUCCUUCGCCCUCUACUUAACAGGUUUCUGCAUGUUUGUCUUGAGUCUGGUGAAAAAACACUAUCGCCUCCAGUUCUACAUGUUUGGAUGGACCCAUGUGACGUUGCUAAUUGUUGUUACCCAGUCACACCUCAUCAUUCACAACCUGUUUGAAGGAAUGAUAUGGUUCAUUGUCCCCAUCUCCUGUGUGAUCUGCAAUGACAUCAUGGCCUACAUGUUCGGGUUCUUCUUCGGCCGCACCCCACUCAUCAAGCUCUCCCCAAAGAAGACCUGGGAGGGUUUUAUUGGAGGAUUUUUCUCCACAGUUUUGUUUGGAUUACUGCUGUCCUAUGUGAUGUCCGGGUACCGCUGCUUCACCUGUCCCGUGGAGUUCAACAACGACACCAACAGCUUCACUGUGGACUGUGAACCAUCUGAGCUGUUCCAGCUGCAGGAGUACAACAUCCCCCUGGUGCUGCAGUCUGUGGUGGGCUGGAAGACAGUCCGGAUGUACCCCUUCCAAAUCCACAGCAUUGCACUCUCUACUUUUGCCUCCCUCAUUGGGCCCUUUGGAGGGUUCUUUGCUAGUGGGUUUAAGAGAGCCUUCAAAAUCAAGGACUUUGCCAACACAAUCCCAGGACACGGAGGUAUCAUGGACCGCUUUGACUGUCAGUACCUGAUGGCUACUUUUGUUAAUGUCUACCUUGCAAGCUUUAUCAGAGGUCCUAAUCCAAGCAAACUGAUCCAGCAGUUCUUAACCCUGCGGCCAGACCAGCAGCUCCACAUCUUCAACACUCUCAAAGCACACCUGGUUGACAAGGGGAUGUUGGGAAGCUUGGAGGACGUGUAGGGUGACUGGAACAGGACUGAAACCAGACAAGCCUCUUUGAGGAAAUCCCUGGCUUGUCUGGCUUAAGACAAUAACAAGGCCUCAUUUCACUGUAACUUUUCUUCCUUUCUUGGUAAAUGUUUGCAUUUGUGGGUUUUUUAAAUAAUAUAUUUAUAUAGCUUUGGUUCAAAUGAGCAAAUCUUGGGUUUGUAGCCGAAAAGGAGUUAAGACUUGGAAGGACUGUUGGGUGAAGUAGGAGGGUACAACUGUCCUCGUGGUCUGUUCUUAACUUUGGACGCCUGUAGGCAGAGCUGAACUUUCCCUGUGAGUGUUUACACAGGGGAUAAACCAAGCCUGGUGGGUACAACCUCCUCUGCAGUGGGAACCUGCGGGAAGGUGAAGCCGUGCAGCUCUCCUGGCCCCUCUGCCAAGAUGUUCUUGAUGAUAACUCUGGGGACCAGCAUUUUCUCCAGUGGUAACUGUGGAUGCAGUGUUCAUUUUCCCAGAAAGCCACGUUUAGGCCUGUGUGCAGCCUCCUUGCAGACUGCACAGUGAACACCAGGCACUGUUAAUCAGAAGAGGAUUUUACUAAUCCAGCCACAUUUCCUCUGCCCAGCCAGGCAUGUGCAUCUGUUUUCACUUGCUGGUUUUUUUUUGCAGUGCCUCUCACAUUCCCUCCUUGUGGCUGAUAUUUGGUCAAAUACAAUUUUUCUAACCCAUUCAAUCAGAAAUAGACCGAGGACAAGAAGUCAAGAAACUGGUAGUUGCUUAUGGGAAUGUGGGAGGUGCAAAUUGCUUCAAAACUGAAUCAAGUAAAUAGGUUUUAAAGAACAUUGAAGUUUUAAUGAGUAAUUCCUGCCAAGUAAGAACAACCCUUUAAAUAGCUUGGGUCAUUUCCCCUUCUCCACCCCCUCAAAUAACCUUUAAGAAACAUUGAACCACUCUUUGGUUGGAACCCCCUCACUGGGAUAUUUUAACUGAUUUGGAGAGCAGUCUCCAACUUGUUUUGCUGGCUGUGGCUCCAGCACCCCACUGGUGCUCUCAGCUGGGUGUUUUGUUUCUCUUUCAGGGAUCAUGUCUAUCACCUGUUUGUUACUUGAGUUCUAGGUGUUGUGCUGCUGAGUUCAUCAUGGUCUGUGUUACAUUUCAGCCUGGGUUCACGUACCUGCAGGCUUCUCUCCUGCUUCACUUACUAAAUCUUGUCAUACAUAGAUUGUACUUAAUAGUUGUAAGUUUUAUCUAAGUACUUAGCUUUAUUUUGUCAUACUUUUUUAUUAUUUAACAAGGAGAGCCCUAAAGAUUGUAAACUUUUUUUUUUUUUUUUGUGACCAGAUAGUGAAAAUAUCCCUGGUUUACACCUCAAGCAGUGUUCCCAAACACAAGAUUACUCUGAUUUUUCUUUCCAUAGUUUGUGCAUAGGAGAGAUACUUUACCUUUUUUUUUGACCUGGGGAACAAGUGGCAGGGAUAGAUAAUACAGAAGUACAUUGCUGUUUUCAAACAGCUGCUGACACAAACCUUAUCCACCAACAUCCCCCAGUAUGGAGACACAUACGUGCUGCCAACUAGUUCAUCAUUGACAGAAAAUAAAACACCUGAAAAUACUUUGUAGUUCAUACUCUGGAUUCAGAUUCUGCCAUUGCUUUCAUUUACCCCGAGCGAGCAUGUGGAAAUGCGUUCGUAAAUACCCACCUCUCCCUGACAUUUCUAUAGGAACCCUGGGGCAGAAGUUUCUCCCCAUCUUACUGCAAAUACAUGUAUUUGUUUGAAAGCACAGGGUGCAGAGAAGAAGGGUUGGUUUCCACCAAGUAUUUUCAGUGUGGGGCUGGCAAAGUUGCAGGAGUUGGGACGGCUCUGAUGGAGCCCAUGCAGGGUUACGUUUGCGUGAUGCCAGUGGUGUACCCAGAGGUUUUCCUGGACUAGUCGUGGGACUAAUCCCUGAUUUAGGCUGAGAUUUAGUUUCUGUUGAUGUGAAGGAUGUUGGUCCAAGCCCCUAACUGGAAAAUUGGAGGGCAGCAUUAAGGUGCUUCCAUCUUUCUUGGCCCAGGUAGAAUAUUUCGUCUACAUUUCAUGCCAAUUCAUGGCUCUGUUGGUUGAGUUUAGGUAAGCAAAGUGAGGGCACCUGCAAAGAGGACCUGGGCUGCAAAUAGGUGUGGAAGUGACAGGGUUUUGUGUAGCCCCUGAGAAGUAGUUUGCCAUGUGGGGUCAGCCAAGCUGGUGUUUUUCUGAAUUCUUCCUGCCUGUUGCUGACGUCUGCCAAAAUCCCUCAUAGUGCGCCGUUGGGUCACCAGAAGAAGCUGUAGUUGAUAAACCUUACAAAAGUGUGCUGCUCUUUAUAUUAAGAAUUUUUUCAUAUGGGUCUUUAGUCUCCUUCUGGUCUUGCUUUAAACCUUUUGUACCUCUUUAGUUGUAAUUAGCAGGGUAAAAACCCAACACCAAGCUUUCCUGCGUGCUUUUCCCCUGCAGUGGCGUUUGGAUGCUGCUGCAGUGCUGGAUGUGGACACAGGAGGGCAAAGCAGUUCCAAUUCCUGGUUCCCUAGGGCUGGGCCAAAGGCAGCAGCAGGAAUCCUGUGGGUGGCUUUCCUAAUGAACUCACAGCUUUCUGCUCCUUUCCUUCCCAGCAGUGCAGUUAAGGGGUGGGCUUGCAAGCUGGGUCUGAUCCUGCAGGGUGAGUGUGGAAAGGGUUGAGGAGCCUGCAUUAAAUCUUGGUAAUCUGAACAAGAGCAUCCAGUUGAGAAAGGGAGGGAGACAGAUGGGCACUGUGAAGGUUGCUUGCAAGCUGGACAGCUGAUCUUGCUAGGAAAUACUGGUUGUGUGUCAUCCAUUGGGAGCUGUGGCUGGCAAACCCACUUCUACACCACUGGUCUGAAUCCUGGGGGUGGUAGAGCUGAGUGCUUGGUGACACCAAGGUGUCUGGGAGCAUUUGGUGAGCUCCCCAUUAGCCCAGCCUGGGAGCAGCUUUAGUUCACCAGAAGUAUUUCAACUUAGACUUAGAAAAUUCAGGGAACUGGAAAGCUGACAUUCCUGCCUCUGGCUGUGCCUGCAGGAGUUAACUGGGAUGCCAGGGGAUGUGUAGCAAGAGGUGUUGGACCUCUCUUGGUUGCAUUCAGCCUUGCAGGACUUUAGCCACCCUCUAGCUCUGACAAGAAUUUGGGUUUGGAGGGAGGCUGCUGGAGAGGCCAAGCUGCCACCAGGGAGGUGUAGGGGUGGUGAUGUGGGGGUGAUGCUCAGGACAUUCCUCCAGCUGCAGGGCUCGAGCUCAGUGUUGCACAGUGGUUUUUGUUUACAGUGGGUUCUAUGUCUGGAGAUGUUCCUCCUGCUUGUGCCCAAAAAAGAGGGAAAUAACUGUGAGAGCAGACCAGCAUGAGGAGGUCCUGUGUGAGCAAGCAGGUGUGGUGGAUUGGAAGGAGGAGAAAAGCAGAAUUUGGCCAAGGUGGAGCCUCUAAGGGUGAGACUGGUCCUGGCAGAGGAGCACUCACUGCUUGUUCAGUUGCAGCAGACAGGGAAGGAUGUCAGUGUAUUCAGUGAGCAAAGGGAAUGGCAAGUGGCUAGAAAUUUGCUUCUGCAGAGCAUGAGAAGCUGGCUGUCCUGGGGAGGUGAUUCUAAAGUUCAUGACAUUGGUUUGCUGGUGGGUGAUGGAGUGAUAUGGGUCAGAUGCUGGUUUGAUGUUUGAUCCCCAGCCUGAGGGGCACAACUGGGCCAGGUCUGUGUAGAUGAGCACUUUGCAUGCUCUGAUGGGAAUUUGCUUUUCAGAGUCUGGUGGUAGCCCAGCUGAGUUUGCAGAUAGGAUGCCCAGCCAGCCUCUGGCCUGCAGUGCUCAGCAAAACAUCAAAACCUUUCUUGCUAUGGUGUCCUGUCCCAUGCUGACCAGCAUAUAGGAUGUAUUCUUCAAGGUGUGGGCUUAGUACUGAUCUGCAGGGGUUUGUGGUUCCCUGUGUGGCUCAUGAAGCUGUAAGUCCUGGAGCAUCAGCAAAUGCUUGGCAUCAGGCUGUGAAACACCAUCCUAGGGAUGUCUCCUGUGCCUGGUGAGUGCAGUGAGUUCCCCUGAGUACAGCUCUGGUGGGACCUUGGCAUCUCUUCCUUCCCCUUCCUCUCCUGACCAGCUCUGGGUGACAGGAGGAGGGUGAAGCUGUGGGGAAAGCAUCCUUACAGCCUCUCCAGACCCCCCUGGGGACAGACAUUUGUCCCCGAAAAGCAUUGCAUGAAAGCCCCUCUGGUUCUUGCCCUCUGUAACCAGCCCCAGAGUUGCAUUUUGUACUACUGUAAUCUUUGUGUGCUCCUGUUCUCCAGACCUGAUGCGUUUCUUCCAUCUGCUUCUUUCUCUGUGCUUUGUUUUUUUGACUCAUGUUCUAGCUACACACGUAGAGCUGCCUUUGACCGAAUGUCCGAAUGUGAUAUAUUGUAUAUUUUAAAGUAUUUACCCUAUUUAUAUACUAUAUGUCACUGUUAAAUAAAUAUAAGUUCCAUUA